AUGUCGCGACUAAGGAAGUUUAACAGAGGAGUCUUAGAUAGAAUCAAUGGUGGUGAUGAUAGCGAUAACGAAAUCCCGAUGCAUCCCAUGGACGUUGAAGAGCAGGAGGAAUAUAUCAGUAAUCUAGAGCUCCGAAAUGUUUGCAGCAACAGUAAAAUAGUGCAACUUUUGAGUAUAGCUUACAUGGUGUGUUGUGGUGUAUUUCUCUCGCUCGUAGUGAAGGUAAAAAGGCUUGGCGGCGACGCUUCGACUCAUAAGCGAUUGUUACUAUUCUCUAUUAACUCCGUCAUUUGCUCUUUAAUCACUUUACGUUAUGAGAUAAUGAAGGAUUUCUCGAUAUCACGAUCUCUGGGCGUUAGAAUAACAACGCAAAGAAUCAAUGCCCUCAACUGCAUGCUUUUGUUGCUUAUCACUUGGGAGGUUUCAGAGAAAGUAGACAAAUUUGGUCUGCGCGUUUUAUUCCAUGUCCCCUUGGUGCUAUUCAGCCUCUCUGUUAUCUCCAAAAAGUGGAUGAGUGAAUUGGAGGACGAGAUCAACAGUCUUCGCGGGCUAAAAUACAAGUUCAAGAAUGUUUGA